UACCUCCUGUCGGGGGUAGAGAAAUAUCAGGGAGAGCAAACGGAGCAUGGUUCGGUUUGAGCGAACAUGAAGAACAGUGGCAAUGACAGUCUUGGCGCUGAAGAUCGACAACCAAAAGAGAGCACAAUCUCAAAUCUCGAUUCUAGAUUCAAUCAGACCCUCAGAAAUGUACAAGGGCUGCUUAAAGGCCGCAGUAUUCCUGGUAAAGUAUUGCUAACUAGAACAGCAGAUGUGCUCGACUCCUCGAGUGUAUCAGAUAAACCGUCGAAUUAUUCAAGGAGCUUAUCGGAUAAUGAUACUGGUACAAGCAAUCACAUUGCCAAAUCUGAGGAGGAAGAUCUUCAGAUUAUAAAUAAUAAUUCAAUUGUUAAUAAGUCAAAAUCAUCGACAUCUAACACUGAGGAUCUUACUAAAGAAGUCCAAAAACCAAUAAUGGGUGCUAGAGCAACAGAUUCUGCAAGGGUGAUGAAGUUCACAACGCUGCUCUCGGGGACAACAAUCAUAUUAGACAAGUUGCGGGAGCUAGCGUGGAGUGGCAUUCCCCCAUAUAUGCGCCCAAAUAUAUGGAGGCUUCUUUUGGGCUAUGCACCACCUAAUUCAGAUAGAAAGGAGGGAGUUCUAAGAAGAAAGAGGCUUGAGUAUCUCGACAGUGUUGCACAGUUCUAUGACGUUCCUGAUACCGAACGUUCUGAUGAUGAGAUAAACAUGCUCCGCCAGAUUGCUGUUGAUUGUCCUAGAACUGUACCUGACGUUGCUUUCUUUCAACAAGCACAAGUUCAGAAAUCUUUGGAGCGUAUUCUCUAUACUUGGGCUAUUCGGCAUCCUGCAAGUGGAUACGUUCAGGGAAUAAAUGAUCUUGCUACUCCAUUUUUAGUUGUCUUCUUGUCGGAAUACUUAGAAGGUGGUGUUGAGAAAUGGUCCAUCUCUGAUCUAUCUCCCGACAAGAUCACAAACAUUGAGGCCGAUUGCUACUGGUGUCUUUCUAAAUUGCUCGAUGGUAUGCAAGAUCAUUACACGUUUGCACAACCCGGAAUUCAGAGGCUUGUAUUUAAAUUGAAGGAGCUGGUUAGGAGGAUUGAUGAACCUGUGUCAAGACACAUGGAGGAGCAGGGUCUGGAAUUUCUUCAAUUCGCUUUUCGGUGGUUCAACUGUCUUCUGAUACGCGAGAUUCCUUUCCACCUUGUUACCCGGUUAUGGGAUACUUAUCUUGCGGAAGGGGAUUCAUUGCCAGAUUUCCUUGUCUACAUAUUUGCCAGUUUUCUUUUGACGUGGUCUGAAGAGCUGCAGAAACUUGAUUUUCAAGAAUUGGUGAUGUUUCUCCAGCAUGUUCCAACUCAAAACUGGACCCAUCAAGAGCUUGAGAUGGUGCUUUCAAGAGCAUUCAUGUGGCACAGUAUGUUCAACAAUUCUCCAAGACACCUUGUUAGCUGAAUGGGAUUUGUUAUACUCACACUAAGGUUGGCCAAUUUUCCCCUCCUUUUUCUCUUCUUUCUUGAAUGGGAUUUCUGCCGCUCUUCUUGUGUGAGGAAACGAUUCGAAUAUUCUGCCAUGUAUCAUUUGUAUUUUCUGGGCAAUUGUUUGUAGAUUUACCAUAUUUGACGGAGUAAAGUACAUGUUUUUGUUUAGAUCUAAUGAAGUUAUCUAUUAAAAAAAAGAUGGAUGGUUGAUCUUCA